GCGGAGCUCGGGCCCAUGGUGCGCCCGUGUCCGUCGGUCGGGCCGCGCGGGCGGCUCCGCGCGUGGCCCGGCGCUCGCGACCUCGCCCCUUCGCUGCGGGCCCGGCCCGCCCGCUGCCGCCGCCUCCUCCCCCGGGGCGGCGCGGCGCCGGCGGGCGGCGGCGCGGAGGCCGGACCGGGCGGCGGCCCAGGCGGCGCGGGGGGCGCGGCGGCCAAGGCGGGCUGCGCCGCCGACAUGACGGACAACAUCCCGCUGCAGCCGGUGCGCCAGAAGAAGCGGAUGGACAGCAGGCCCCGCGCCGGGUGCUGUGAGUGGCUGAGAUGCUGCGGCAGAGGGGACCCCAGGCCCCGCACGGUCUGGUUGGGGCACCCCGAGAAGAGGGACCAGAGGUAUCCUCGAAAUGUUAUCAACAACCAGAAGUACAAUUUCUUCACCUUUCUUCCUGGGGUGCUGUUCAACCAGUUCAAGUACUUCUUCAACCUCUACUUCUUACUUCUCGCCUGUUCCCAGUUUGUUCCUGAGAUGCGGCUCGGCGCGCUCUACACCUACUGGGUUCCCCUGGGCUUCGUGCUGGCUGUCACCGUCAUCCGGGAAGCGGUGGAGGAGAUCCGAUGCUACGUGCGGGACAAGGAAGUCAACUCCCAGGUCUACAGCCGGCUCACAGCGAGAGGCACCGUGAAGGUGAAGAGCUCCAGCAUCCAGGUGGGGGAUCUCAUCAUCGUGGAGAAGAACCAGCGGGUCCCUGCUGACAUGAUCUUCCUGAGGACGUCCGAAAAAAACGGGUCUUGCUUCUUGCGGACUGACCAGCUGGACGGAGAGACGGACUGGAAGCUGCGGCUCCCCGUGGCCGGCACGCAGAGGCUCCCCACUGCCGCCGACCUUCUUCAGGUCCGAUCGUACGUGUAUGCGGAGGAGCCAAACAUUGACAUUCACCACUUUGUGGGGACGUUCACCAGGGAGGACAGCGACCCUCCGGUCAGCGAGAGCCUGGGCAUCGAGAACACACUGUGGGCCGGCACCGUGGUGGCGUCAGGCACCGUGGUGGGCGUGGUCCUCUACACCGGCCGGGAGCUUCGCAGCGUGAUGAACACGUCAAACCCCCGGAGCAAGGUGGCCCUGGUACAGUGGACAGAAAGCGUGGGCUUAACCCUGGUGGGCCGAGACCAGUCGUCCAUGCAGCUGAGGACCCCUGGCGACCAGAUCCUGAACUUCACCAUCCUGCAGCUCUUCCCGUUCACCUACGAGAGCAAGCGCAUGGGCAUCAUCGUGAGGGACGAGUCCACGGGAGAGAUCACGUUUUACAUGAAGGGGGCCGACGUGGUCAUGGCGGGCAUCGUGCAGUACAACGACUGGCUGGACGAAGAGUGCGGCAACAUGGCCCGGGAAGGGCUGCGGGUGCUGGUGGUGGCCAAGAAGUGUCUAGCGGAGGAGCAGUACCAGGACUUCGAGGCCCGCUACGUCCAGGCCAAGCUGAGUGUGCACGACCGCUCGCUCAAAGUGGCCACCGUGAUCGAGAGCCUGGAGAUGGAGAUGGAGCUGCUCUGCCUGACCGGCGUGGAGGACCAGCUGCAGGCCGACGUGCGGCCCACCCUGGAGACCCUGAGGAAUGCCGGCAUCAAGGUUUGGAUGCUGACUGGCGACAAGCUGGAGACGGCCACGUGUACGGCCAAGAACGCCCACCUGGUGACCAGAAACCAGGAUAUCCACGUGUUCCGGCUGGUGAGCAACCGCGGAGAGGCCCACCUGGAGCUGAACGCCUUCCGUAGGAAGCAUGACUGUGCUCUCGUCAUCUCGGGAGACUCCUUGGAGGUGUGUCUCAAGUACUAUGAGUACGAGUUCAUGGAGCUGGCCUGCCAGUGCCCGGCCGUGGUCUGCUGCCGCUGCGCCCCCACCCAGAAGGCCCAGAUCGUGCGCCUGCUGCAGGAACGCACCGGGAAGCUCACCUGUGCAGUAGGUGAUGGGGGCAAUGACGUCAGCAUGAUUCAGGAGUCCGACUGCGGCGUGGGCGUGGAAGGCAAGGAAGGAAAACAGGCUUCGCUGGCUGCAGACUUCUCCAUCACUCAGUUCAGGCACCUUGGCCGCUUACUCAUGGUGCACGGCCGGAACAGCUACAAGCGCUCAGCUGCCCUCAGCCAGUUCGUGAUCCACAGAAGCCUUUGUAUCAGCACCAUGCAGGCCGUCUUCUCCUCCGUGUUCUACUUCGCCUCCGUCCCCCUCUACCAAGGAUUCCUCAUCAUCGGGGGCGGCCGCUGUCUUACAAGACUUUCUUAAUCUGGGUUCUGAUCAGCAUCUAUCAAGGGAGCACCAUCAUGUAUGGGGCGCUGUUGCUGUUCGAGUCGGAGUUCGUGCACAUCGUGGCCAUCUCCUUCACCUCGCUCAUCCUCACCGAGCUGCUCAUGGUGGCGCUCACCAUCCAGACCUGGCACUGGCUCAUGACGGUGGCCGAGCUGCUCAGCCUGGCCUGCUACAUCGCCUCCCUCGUGUUCCUCCAUGAGUUCAUCGACGUGUACUUCAUCGCCACGCUGUCAUUCCUGUGGAAGGUGUCGGUCAUCACGCUGGUCAGCUGUCUGCCGCUCUACGUGCUCAAGUACCUGCGAAGGCGCUUCUCCCCGCCCAGCUACUCGAAGCUCACGUCCUAGGCCGUGCGCCGGCCGAGGGGCCCCGGGCUCUGCGCUUUCCUGACGGCCUGAGUGCGAGUUCCAUCUCUGUUAACCACCAUUGUGGAUUCUGCAGUAACUGCUGACACGUGCGGUUCUUGGUGUGCCGAGGCUCUGCCCGACGGGGGCCUGGCACCGCCCAGACGGAGGGAGGUUCCAAAGAGGGCCCCCGCAUCCCGGUCCCGAGGCGAGCGAAUGUGAAUGGGCCACCGCAGGGGCUCAGCUGAGACCGAGGUGGUCCCUGUGCAGGCUUCGUUAUGACUUGAAUUUCGUCAUCGUGUGAUCAAAGUUUCUGUCUAGUUGGAGGUUGUAGAAAGCUUGUGUUCUGAUUUUUUUUUAAACAGCCUAAUGUGUAGGUAUUCUUUUAAGUUUUUCUCUUAAAAAGUGGUGUCUGAAAAAUAGAAAGCUCUUGGCAUAGGUUUGGGGAGAAACAAAAACAGUGCGGCCUGGUGCGAAGCGACGCGCACAGCCGUGUCCGCGUGGAGAGGCCGAGCGGCCGCCCGGGGCAGCCUCCCGCCCCACAGCCGCGCGCGUUCCCGGGAGCUCGACAAGUGGAGCAGAGGGGCGGGAGCCCCAGCCGGCCUCGCAGCCAGCAGCACUUCCCUGCCACCUCGUAAAAGGACCUCCGAGGCGUGACGGUGCUUUGCUGGGACAAGGACAGAGCCAGUGGCUCUCCGAGGACAGCCCCGACGUCUUCGGCAGGAAACGGGCACUGAGCGCCCCGAAAUGUGUCGACAGCGCGAUAAGAGACUCGGCUAAUUCUUUAGACAACGCGGCAGAUGUGACUCAGAUCCGCUGAGCGCGAGGCGGAAAGGUCAGGGGGCGGGGGCUCCUCCUGCACCGAAAUCUGUUUCCUGUUAGGGGGAUUAUUGAGGGUGGACGGACAGAGGCGGAGGCGUCUUGCCCUGCUGCCACUCACGGUGAAAGCAAGGAGCCCGGGGCGGAGGGCCCAGGCUGCAGCCGCGGGCCCCGCAUCUCUUCCACUGCCUGCGGCUUUCAGGGGAACUCGCCGAAAGGCAGCCGGUGGCCGGGUGGCCUGCAUGCGUGCGUGUGUGUUUUCUGUAGCUGCAGCUGCUGCUGUCAGAGGGAGGGAGUUUGCAAGCACUGGACGUGGCAGGGCGAGGCAUGCUUGGGCUUUCUUGCCGACGCCACGUGUGCACGCCGUGGAGGGUUCAGUCGCUGGGUCUUAAGGGCUGAGUGCGGCCGAUGUCUCGGACGUGCGGUUAAUGCCGUAUGAAUGCGUCACCUUCAGGUCCGGACGCUGAGACUCGCUCCUGGAGAGCACCUUGCUUUUGGAACGCUCCCGGUAUGCUCUCGGGUUUUGCGUUGCCCUGUUAAAAUCCUCCCAAAGUAACAGCAGGUGGCAGGUGCCGCGAAAUCGGCUAUGGAUAACAUAUCCACAAGUGGUCUUUGAAAAGUUCGUGGAAAAUGCCCAUUUUGAAAUUUCUUUGCACCAAAAUAAACUUCUAAGUCUGUUUUUCCAUGAACCUUUUGAAGGCCCUGGUGUUGUAAGAUUCUGCCGUCACGGAGCGUUCUCCCUGAUUCGGCCUGAGCGGCUGGUGGCUUAGGAAUGGGGUCUUUGUCCAGAGCUGCAGAGAGGGUGAGCGAUUCUGCCUCCUUCCCUGAGCGCUCCUAAGUGGGUUGUUUCAAAGGCAGCAGAGAGCGCCGUGCUCAGUGUUUUCUGUGUCCUUGGAGGUCAGCCCGUGAAAGAGCCGUUCUGCUCUGAAUUAGCCAGCCCUGAGCCUGGCGCUGGCACCGACGCAGGAGGGUCAUGGGGGAUGCUCGGCGGAGACUUACAGGUGUUUCCAGCAGAUCACAGGGGUCUUUAGAAAGUUCAUGGGAAAAAAGCACAUUGUGAAAAGUCCAUGCAUGGAUUUUAAAACUUGUUUUUGCGCCAAAGUAAAUUUGAAUGCCGUGUGGCCAUGAACUUGAAGUAGCCGUGUCCCAGGCCCAGGCGAGCGAGCCGUCAUCUUCUGUGGCGUCAGCUCUUCUCCAACAUUUCUUCACUUCCUUCACUGCUGAACAUUUCGGAUGUACUGAUGAUACUUUUUUUUUUUUUUAAGAUUUAUUCAUUUAUUUAUUUGAAAGGCAGAGUGUCAGAGAGAGGGAGGGAGAGAGAGAGGUCUUCCUCUGCUGGGUCACUCCCCAAAUGGCCACAGCAGCCAGGGCUGGGCCAGGCUGAAGCCAGGGGCUUCUUCCAGGCCUCCUCCUGGGGACCAGAGCCCUCUAGGGCUGUCUAGAACUCAGCCCAUCCUCCGCUGCUUUCCCAGGCGCAUGAGCAGGGAGCUGGAUCGGAAACAGAGCAACUGGGACUCCAACGGACACUGCAGUGUGGGACGCUGGCGUCAGAAGCAGUGGCUUAACUCACUGUGCCCUGAUGUGUUUUUCCGUUGUGUGCUCACUGGAAAUCGACACGUUAGUGCCUGUUGUUUUUUUCUGCAGACUUUUGUCUUGAUACUUGUUUUUGUGGGGUGCACAUGGGCAGGUGCUCUUAGCUCUGCAGGCAGCAUUUGAAAUCCCCGGGGGAUGGCGAAUGAGCCACAGGCAGCCUCUGCUCCAUCCUGUUUCAACCAAACAUCUGUCGGCUGUUUUACUCUGGAACCCUUUUGUGUGUUUGAAGUGUGUGUGUGCUUCAGCACGUCCGUGGGGCCUGGAAUUAAACGAGAAGCUUCGUUUGGUGCAUCAAACAAGGUUGAAAUGCAUGCAUAUGAAGAUUUGAAAAAGAUCAUGAAAAAUGCAUAUGAUGAAAAAACUUGCAUAGAUUUUUACCCUUUUUUGCACCAAAAUAAAUUCAUAUUUCAAUUUCAUUUUCCCCAAACUUUUUGAAGGAUCUGGAGGUUUUUUUUUUUUCUUUUUUAAGAAAUACUUGGUUUUUAUUGCAUUAAAAUUCCUGUACUCCCAGGUCUGUUUUUGUUUUAAAAAUACACAAGAAGCUUUGUAAGUACAACAGGUUUGAUUUCUGCCCCUUUCUUUUGAUGUACAGCUUUUUGUUGUUUACAUAUACUCUGAAUAUUUCCAUUCAUUACAGCCAUUCCUUCGUGGGGGGGAAGCCCGCGUUCCGUGUGGAGUGGAACUGAGCGUGCACUGCUCUUCCUUGCCUGGAGCGCCCACGCCUCGCUCGCUCGCUCGCUCGCUCGCUCACUGCAAAGCCCGGCAGGCACCUGUGCACCUGUGCCGUCUGCCGGCAGGGUUGGAGGUGUGGUCUGUGAAGGUGGCUGGGCCGUGUCGGUGAAUAUUGUGUCUGUGGGGUGGGGCGGGGGCGGGGGUGGUAUCUGGGAAGAGCUUGUGGCUGAUUGCGCUGUCGCCGUGGGCUCAUCGGGAGCCGCGAUGUGCUCCUUAGCAGGUCUGUCUGUCUGUCUGUCUGUAAUCCUCCUUGCGACCCUGCCCCCAGGAUGUGGCUUCUGAUCAGAGGGAAGCGCUCAUGGACCGGCAACUCCAGCUGACCCGAGUCCUCAGCCCGUGAUGACGCGCACGUGGUCUCUGGUGUUUCCGAGGUCCCCACGUUCAUUGUUGGCCAGCGUGGCCCGUUGCUGUGCCCAAUAAAGCUUGUGUUCCCUCUGCC